CGACCACCACGUGGCUACGCCCGAGAAACCGAGCAUCGGCCUUCGGUACUGUAACAGGCAAGCAGAAUGGCGCAUCCGUGAUGCAAUGCCAGACUAAGCCACCAUCUCCUUCUGUCAGGGCUGAUAAGCACGGUAUAUAUCGGUGCCGAACGGAAAGGACAUCUUCAUGGAUCUUGGGUCGACUGCUACCGCCGAAUCCUGGCAAGGAUGAUCCGUGUCGGAUACGGAAGAACCCGAGAGUCUAUUGCAUAAGCAGCCCGCCUCGAUUACCAAUGGGGUCAAGACCGUGCUUACUAAAAUAUAGAUGUCUUUGGCAGCAUUAUCAAUCGGUUCAAUGAUAUAUACGCUUAUAUAGAUCUAUACGAAAUGCCCACUCAGUCCCACCCAGACUUCACUGUCCCGAUUGCCCGGUGACCCACCUUACCAUCCCGCAAGAUGGUGGUCCUAGCCAAAGUUCAAUCCUCCAACACCCAAAUCGCUACGUCGCUGCCAGAGGGCAUCGUAGCUCUUUUUGUCGGAGCGACCAAUGGAAUCGGUGAGGCUACUUUGAAGCAAUUCGCCAAGCAUACCAAGCGUCCCCGCGUCUACUUCGUGGGUCGCAGUCAGGACGCGGGCCAGCGCAUCGCCGCCGAAUGCAGGGCCUUGAACCCAGAUGGAGAGUAUAUCUUCAUCGCAGCAGAUAUAAGCUUGCUCAACCGUGUUGACGAUGUCUGCCACGAGAUCAAGAGCAAAGAAAGCUCCGUCAAUCUUUUGUUUCUUUCGCCCGGAAUUUCAGCUAUACACCAGGAAACAAGUGAAGGUCUUCGCAAGAUAACCUCCUUAUUAUAUUAUUCCCGCAUCAGGUUUAUCCUAAACCUUCUCCCCUUACUCCAACAUGCUACCGGGCUUCGGCGGGUUAUCAGCGUUGGGGCAGGCGGAUCUGAAGGCCCUAUCGACACGGCCGAUUUUGAAGGCCGGAUGGCACCCGCGGCAUUCUUCCGCGGACACAUCACUUCAAUGACCACACUGACACUUGAGACUCUGGCCAAGCAGGUGCCAGCCGUCUCCUUUAUCAAUGGGCAUCCUGGGCCUGUCAAGACUGGGUUGAUGCGAGAGGCAGAUAAUAUCCGAAUGUGGAUUGUAUGGCUCGUUCUGCUGCUUUUUCAUCGCUGGGUCUGCGUCCCGCUCACGGAGAGCGGAGACAGGCACCUAUUUCUCACCACGAGUGCAAAGUACCCGGCUCGACAGGGCGACGACGGAGUGCCAAUGCCGGAGGGGGUCUCGGUUGCACGGGGAGUUGAUGGGAAGGCGGGAAGUGGGGUAUAUUCGGUGAAGUGGGACGGAGAGAGUGCAGACAAUGUGAUAGAGAUUCUGGAUUUAUUGCGAGAGAAGGGUGUCAGGGAGAUCGUCUGGAGGUAUACUGAGAGUCAGUUCAAACGGAUCACGGGGGUGGUUUCGCAGUAACAAGCCUUAUCGCAGCCCGCUCGGAUCCACUGGAACUGGCUGUGUGGGUGAGUAGGUGGAGUCUGCGAUCCCGCGAGUAAGUUAUCUGAUUGUGUGAGGGAAAUGGUUGUCGGAUCAGUGGUGACAAGUCAGAGGACUGUAG